ACCAGCAAGUUCCCCCACCCGUGAGUUCGAUUCUGCGUGAGGGGUGUUGGCGAGCAGGGGAGACACGGAAUGGUGCUGACGGGUGUUGUCAUGCUGCUCUUUCUCGACUAAAACAUCAAUCGUCACCAAACGCCGAAAUCUCGAAAUCCGUCAAACCCCAAAUUCCUUCCCUUCUUCCAUCGAAUUGCACUCCUGCGGCCUACUCGACAUACAGAUCAAUUCUUCAAAAUGGCUCCUGCUCGAUCCAGUGAGUAGAACUUUGGCGGGAACAAGUGGGGCGGGUUGGAUUUUCUGUGCUUGUGCUAGGAGGAGAAUACGGAUGAGGAAUCAAGACGGCGCUGUACAGGAGCUGAGUGCAGAAGCUUUGACCUGGUGUAUGGUCAUGGUGUGGUGAUGGCGAAGGGGCGAAAGGCCGGGCACAGAAAUUCAUUCACCCACUCCCCAUGAGACGCUCCAUGAGCUCCCGCUGAUACAUCUGCAGACCUCCGCUACGGCAUGAACAAGGGCCGACCCACCACCGUCAUCCCCCGAACUGUCCGACCUUCCAACAAGAGGGGUGUCAGCACUGAGAAGAAGACUUUCGUCAAGUCUGUCAUCCGAGAGGUUGCUGGGUUCUCCCCUUACGAGAAGCGAGUCAUGGAGUUGUUGAGGAACUCCAAGGACAAGAAGGCCAAGAAGCUCACCAAGAAGAGGCUCGGUACUCUCCUCCGAUCCAAGAGGAAGGUUGAGGAGCUCUCCGCUGUCAUCGUUGAGCAGCGUCGUGCUGGUCACUAAGCUAUUCGCUUAGUGUCUAGUCUCGGGAGGGGGUUGUGUCGCCGACUCGGUUGGAUAGACCAUCAGGGAUUUUCACAUGUAAAAUGCUUGGCUAUGACUGCUGGGAAGGGGAUGCAGCUUGAUGAUUAUG